AUGACAAUCAAGCAACUUGAAGUGAAAUAUAGUGUUUCGCCGAAAGCUACCUCUUACUACGUAAUUGUUAGUUCCGGUUGUAGCACUGGAGGAGUUGAGAUUAAAGCACAAAAAGAUCAGCUCAUGAGUGGCUAUAGAUUCUGUGCCGAAGAAAAUGUCGGAAAGACCAUUACCUCGUCCAACGAGAUAGUACCCGUCAUAAUUUAUAAUCGCAAAGGAGCAACUGAACUCGAGCUGGAAUACCGCACUGGUACGUAA